AUGGACAUGUUCCGGAACAGCUCCAGGAUCCUGAGGAUCACCUGGGCCUCAGGGAUGGCAACUCUCAUGAUGUUCUUGGUGAUGCUGAGCUCCCUUUUGGUUCAGAGCAGAGACACCCCAGAGCUUUACAUCUACCAGAGGCGGAGUACUUGCUAUGAGUUCAAUGGGACGCACCGCUUCCUGGAGCAGUGUAUCUACAACAGAGAGCUGUUCGUCCAGUUCGACAGUGACAGUGCUGCGGGGGUGUUUGUGGCGGUGUCUGAGCUGGGCCUCGUAACUGCCAAGAACUGGAACAUCCGGAAAGAGUUCCUGGCGCUGAGGCAGAACGCAGUGGACACGGUGUGCAAGCACAACUUCGAGCUGGACGAGGGUUUCACGCUGCAGCGCAGAGUCCAGCCUACCGUGAACAUCUCUCCCUCCAAGAAGGGGCGCCUGCAGCACCACCGCCUGCUUGUUUGCCACGUGUCAGAUUUCUAUCCUGGCCACAUUCAAGUCCGCUGGUUCCUGAAUGGACAGGAGGAAACAGCUGGGGUUUUAUCUACCAACCCGAUCCAUACCGGAGACUGGACUUUCCAGAUCCUGGUGAUGCUGGAAAUAACCCCCCAGCAGGGAGAUGUCUACACCUGCCAGGUGGAACACCCCAGCCUGGACAGCCCUGUCACCGUGGAGUGGAAGGCACAGUCUGAUGCUGGCUGGAGUCGGAGUCUUCAUGCUAGGGCUCAUGGCCAUCGGAGAAUCCUGAACUGA